GGCCGACCGACGGUGGCGGGCGGACAGAAAACGGAACGUGUUUCGUUGAGCGCUUGGAGAGCGUUGGAGAACGUGGUCGUUUUUUUACCUACGUCAUUACGAACGUCGUGUCGAACGGAUAGUACGGUACGGUUGAGUACGGACACGGACUUGCGAAGUGGAGAGUGAAGUAGUUGACAGUGGGAGCGAGUGAGCGAUCGAGUACGCGUGGUAACUAUCAAUUAUAUUACUCUCGAUUCGUGGCAACGUGAUCGCACGGUAUACAAAAGUGUUGUCUCUCACGUUGUUCUAUCUCUCGUUGGCUGGCCGGCGAGCGUGAUUAUGCCAAGAGAGAUCGCGCGUAAGCGGAACGUUUUUCUCUCUGGUGUGCGGACGGCCGAGUGUACAUCGUCGGCGUCGCGGGGUUAUCGCUUACCGCGAAAAACGGACGAUUGUCAAAGGAGCGCGACGGUAGUGGUGGUGGUGGUGGUGACGGCGGCGGCGGCGGCGAGGGGACGGGAAAACGUGGGAGAGCCGCGCACGAGCGUGCUCCUUUAUCCUGAACCCGUGAAUACGCCAAAUUGUUUUUCUCCUCGAGUGAACUUGAACGAGUGAGCGCUACCAGACGUGCGUGCGUGCGUGCGUGCUUGCGCGCGCGCGCGCGCGCACUGCUUUUCCUCGCCCAUAACCCGUCGUCGGUUGGGGCCCGAUCGUUUCCGUGGAUCAUUGCCGAUCGCGGCGCCGGCGCGCACGAUCCAAACGCGUGAUCGUUCCACGAGUGGAACGAAUAUAUCUGUCGUGAGGUGGCGAGAGGAAACGAGAGUAUCCCGUAUCGCGCGCCCGCGCGCGCGCGACGACGAGUCUCAGACUUCAGACAUCGUCGUUUCGACACGCGAGACAAAUAAUCCACCUAUGAGUGCGAACCGCGUAGGAUCACAGACUUCUAAGGACAGUUCGUACGAGGAAGGCCUACGCCUGCGAUGAGCAUGCCGACGAAGGGGAAACACCACCACCUGUCCCACCACCACCUGCAACACCAUUCGCAGCCGCAACAUCAUCAGCAUCAGCAUCAACAUCAGCAUCAGCAGCAACCCCCUCCGCCUCCGCCCCCGCCGCAGCAACAGCAUCAUACCCCGCCCCAGCAUCAGCAUCAGAUCAUCAUCAGUCAGCCAGUCGUGCAUCCAUCCCCGCAGACCUAUAGCGCUGUCGUCACCACGAACACUCGUUUCCUGAAUGUCGGAUCAGAGUUUCAUGGAAACUAUAGCGCCCAACCAGGGGGCCAGGUGGGCGGAAGCGCCGCGAGUAAUGUAGGAGUACCUACGGGUAGAGGACCUCCACUCGGCGGUAUACAAACGAUAGGACAAUCCACAGCGGGUAUACCGCCAGGAGGUCCCACCGGAGGACAAGCACCUUCGCAAGUCCCGACACCAGGAGUGCAGUCACAACCACCGCAAGGUCCAGCGCCUACUACGACACCACCUGUGCACACACCAUCGCCCCAGGAAAUGGGAAAACAGGCCCACUUGCAAACGCAGCCGCCGUUACAGCAAGCCGUUUACGUGCCGACGCAAAACAGGCCGACGUCUCAGGGCUAUUAUCAAACGGGUCCAAGGCCCCAACAAUCGCGGGGUAUCGGUCACAGAGGUGGCCAAGGCACCAGUGGAACACCAGUGGUUGGAAUGUCCGGCGGAGGACAACUAAACACCCCCCAAACUGCUCUGUAUCCGCAUGGUCUGCCGGUGCAGACUGGUGCAAUGUAUAUAGGCCAGAGCCAAGUGCAUGGACUUCACACGGGGCCUCAUCAACAAUCGGUAUAUCCUAUCAACAAUCAAAUACCGAUUCAUCAGUUUUCUGGUCCACCUCAAAGGCACCAGCCGCAUCAAAAUCAAUCGUUUUAUCAAACGUUUCAACCUCCACUCCACAUAGCACCGCCUGUGUUCACUGGAUAUCCGCCCACUCCCCAGCAUGGCUAUUAUUACACGGCGUCAAACACAAUGAGUUUAACUAGGGCGAGUACAAGUGCAGUCAGCGGUGGGGCGCAACAUGUUGCAAAUCCGCUGGCUAGUACUCAAGGUGCUCCAGUUGUACCGCAAGGUACACUUCAGCAACCUACUCAACAAGCCCAAUCCCUGCCUACGAUGGGUAUACCUCUGCCGCAGACUGAUGUGUACUCGGGACACAAUGGUGGUGCGACGAAUACUAACAGUACCACUAGGUCUCGGAAACCUAGAGGACAGAAUGCCAUUUUGGAUAUAGUAAAUCCGUUAACGGGCAAAAAUAUAAGUGACGAAAUUUAUAAGGAUAACGAAACUACGCAGAGUGGUGAAUCCAGCAAUCGCGAGACGCCACAACCACAGAAUAACGGUGCAGAGGUGAUAGCCGAUUUCGCGGCGCGCGUCGCGAAGGCCGCGACCGAGGGGUCCGACACGGUAUCGAUGAGCGCGUCUGAAACGACGCUUAACACAAUGCAAACAACGGCGCAAACGUCGUUAUCGAACAUUCAAACUAAUUCCUCUAAUGACGUAAAUAGUCCGUGUAGCAGUAGUCCACCUAUGACAAAAACUAUAGCUGGCGCUGGCGCUGGCGCUGGCACUGGCACUGGCACUGGCACUGGCAAAACGGUACCUACGAUAAGUAGUCAAUCAUCGUUAGGUGCUUGUAGUAACGCGACGACGCAAGUCGACCCAAACGCGUCAAAAACAGAGUCAAAAGCGGAGUUAAAAGCGUUGCAACUCCCAGUGAAGGAGUUCCAGCCGAGGAAUGAAAUAAAGAGUGGUGUGACGAUCGAGGAAUCGUCACCCGUCGUAUCCUCGCCAGUGAUAGCCGUCGCGAAUAAAGAUACUGUUUCCGUGCAGCUUACCGCAUCGACUACUAAUAUCGAAACAUCGGCUGUGACAGCAGUGAUGAUGACGGCCGAGACCGAAGGAUCUGAGGCUGCCGGAGCUACUGGCGCCCCUGUACCUGGAGUUGGAGUUGAAACUGGAACCGGAAUCGGAACUGGCCUUGGACCCGAGGGCACCAAGCAUCUCAACGCCUCGUCCAACGUAAUACAGACACCGGUUACCACUCCGUAUUGGAGUAACGUUACCCAGGAAAUCCCAAAACCGUCCGCCACUGCCUCGAGCGUCAAUCCCAUUCCUAUCAGAGAGCCGUUCCCUAAUCUAUCUAAGACUUCGUCUAACUCGCCGCCGAGGAGGAAACCCAACGCAACCGAGCUGCCUUCCAAUACCAAAGAACAAAAGGAGAGGAAGACCCGGGAGAAGAGUCUCGGCUCUCGAGGCGCUACUCCCACGCCCGUUUACAGUCAGGCGACAGCGUCAACGGCCGAUCACCAUCAGAAAACGAACGGUGACGCAGCCGGCGAUAAGAUGGUGAUGGAAGCGGAGAUGGUAGUGCAGCCUAGAAAUGAAAUUCAGCAGAAACCAUCGGAUGGUAAAGCAAUGCAGAAGCAAAAAAGCAAGAACAAAUUGAAACCCCGCGAGCUGAAUCGCAAGGGCGCGGAGAAGGAAGGUACAGACAUGGAUGCCUUUGUAAAUACCGUAUCGGCAGCGAAAACGGCGGAACUGAAGCAAGACAACAAGGAGCAGCAGUAUGCUCCCGUUCCGAAAGAUAGCAACAAAGAGUCUGGUAGAGAAAUCAGCAAGGAUAUCAAAGAAAAGGACAAUUACGAGUCGAAGAAGGAGAAGGAUAUUUUGUCCGUUCCUGCUAAAACUGAAAAACACGUGUCUACUGAGGUGCCUAAGGACAGUACUCUUGUGCAACAACAGGCAUCCAACGUAGAUAACAAGCCCCCGACAAAAGAAUCCUCGAUAAAGUUAGAGGACAGUACGUUUAAUGCACUUCCCAAAGCAUCUCCUAAUGACGUCGUCGAUCACGCGGUGGUCAUCGAAGAGGAGAUGCACUUGGAAGCAUUAGUCGCGCAAAAAAACGAAGAGAAUUUUAAGGUGUCCGCGCUCCAUGUGUCAAACGACGAAAAAGUGACGACAGUUGCAUCGCUAAUUACGGAAAAGAAGCAAGAGGUUGAAAUUUCCACUGGUAGUGGUAAUUCUCCAGCUGAAGUCACAGCACCUAGCGCUAAUAAGGCCCCAUUACUCAAAUACUUCUAUAAAGAGGGUCAGUGGAGUCCGGUUAACAUGAGCGGCAGAAAGUCCUACGACCGAGAUUUCCUAUUACGUUUACAGUUUGAUCCUAAUAGCAAACUGAAACCAGCUAAUCUACCAAAUUUACAAGCUGUUUUGAAAGAUAGCUUGCAGAAUACGCAUAAUACUAUGGACCUGAGAGCUUUUAAGGAAGCCAACAUUACUAGGCACGAUUCGUUAAUGCCAGGAUUUGCAAAGACAAAUAUGAGUACACGUCCACCACCAACGAGUCGUAAGAGCGACCGAGGUAAACCAAAACCAAAUAAACCAAAUGUUAUUCACGUUUCACUGUCGUUAAGAGAAGAUGUGAAACUAAGAGAGACAGAAAAUGCAUGGAAACCGACGAGAUUGAAGCAGGCUAGUCUCACUGAAGAAGAAGCGAAAACGGAAGUUCUUUAUAAGAAAGUACGAAGUGUACUGAAUAAACUCACCCCGCAAAAAUUUGACACGUUAGUUGAGCAGGUUCGACAUUUACCGAUUGAUACACAAGAACGCCUGCAAGGAGUCAUUAAUCUGGUCUUUGAGAAAGCUGUCGACGAGCCUAGCUUCUCCGUCGAGUACGCUUUGUUGUGCAAACAAUUGGCCUUGAUGGAAGUAGCAGGUUCCGAUACUCAAGAUAGUUCCAUUAGCUUUAAAAAGCUCAUUAUCACACGUUGCCAAAAAGAAUUCGAAAAGAAUCCAAUUGAUGAUGUCGCAAGAAAUCGAAAGCUAAAGGAAAUUGACGAGUGUAAUGACCCGGAGAGAAAGAAAGAACUUCAGUUGGCGCUCGAAGAAGAAGAGCGCAGGAUACGAAUAAAAUCUGUAGGAAAUAUCAGAUUCAUCGGUGAGCUGUACAAACAGCAGAUCUUGACAACAAAAAUCAUGCACCGAUGUAUUCGUCAUCUCCUAGAACAGAAUGACGAAGAUAAUUUAGAAUGUUUAUGUAAAUUAUUAACAACGAUUGGCAAAGAUUUGGAAUUAAAGGGACCUGCUGAGGAGAUGCAAGAAUACUUCAAUAAGAUGCAAGAAAUUGUUGCUCGAAAAGGUCAGAGCAAAAUUAGUUCUAGAAUUCGUUUUAUGCUUCAAGAUGUUAUCGAUUUGAGAGCAAAUAGAUGGAUUCCGAGAAGAAACGAGAACAAUCCUAAAACGAUAGACCAAAUUCAAAAAGAAGCCGAAUCCGAAAGACUGGAUAUGCAAGUAAACAGUGCUCCGUUGAAUACUGCGCGAAAGGACGAUCGUAAUAACGAUAGGAAAAGAAAUCGGGGAUUAGGUGGCCCUACUGACGAUGGUUGGAGUCAACCAGUAGGAAGGGUGAGACCUGCGACGUAUUCGGUGGAAACAGCGAAAUUAAAGAAUAAACCGCCACCAAUGGACGAUAUGCAACUCGGCAACAGGGCAUCUUAUUUAUGGAGGGGGGCUACUCAACCCUCCAGUAACUCUAAGACGAUAAGUUCGAACAAAUUUGCGUGUCUAGAGAAUAUGUCCAAUUUAGACCAGGACAAGAGGAUGCCGCCUUUACCGCUCUCUGGAUCGCGAUCAACUGGCCCAAGAGAAUGCAGCCGAGAUUACAAAUCUUAUGACGGUAGAAGUUCCCGUAACGGCACUCACUCGGGCAGUGCGUUGAGCAGGGAGAGUCAUUCAUUACUGGAUAAUUCUCAAAGCCGGAGCGUCUCGAUGCUUUCACCCGUAUUGAAGUCUGCCUCCCAGUCUGGGGCUAUAAUUCACAAGGCUCCGAUGUCGGAGCAGGAAUUUACAAAGGCUUAUAAUUCCAUACUGAAACAUUAUCUGGAAGAACCGAUUGUUGAAAAUACGGGAUUAGAAAUUCAACAAAAGUUCGAUAAUGCGACAUUUGCCAAACUUACUCGUGAAUGUAUCAAUCAUGUUCUUGAGAAGUCCCCUAUCGAAAGAGAGCUCGUUUCGAAACUAUUGUCCCAUUUACUUCGGCAAUCUAUUUUGCCUGUGGAGUGUUUCAAAAAUGGGUUAGGGGAAGUACUAGAAAUAGUAGAUGAUUUGGUUAUUGAUAUACCAAAAAUUUGGACUUACCUAGCCGAAAUACUGUCACAUUCGAUAGAGGAUGGAGCUCUCGCAUUAUUUGAAUUGAAGAACAUAUGUGUAAAUUAUUUGAGAAGGCAAGGCUGUGUAGGCAAAUUCCUUGGAGAACUUAUGACAAAAGUAAAUCGCAACAAAGGGCCCAAAUGGCUUGGCGAUAAGUGGGACCAAAGUGGACUACAACUAAGCCACUUAAUUGAUCCGGAACGAGAAAAUGUGGAUAAAAUAAUUCACGAAUAUAAGUUGGAGUUUCUAACUGGUGAUUACAAUAGUGCCAAAGACUCCGCUGCUACUGAGCAACUCUCGUUAGAGAAAGUUCAGGAAAAUCUUAUAAGGCUUAUGAAAGAAAAUACUUCCUUCGACGAAAUUUGCAGUUGGAUAACUGCAAAUGUUGGCAAUAGAGAGAAGGAUCCUAAGUUUAUAAGACAUUUAAUGACUGCCAUCUUAGAAACUACGUUAGAACGACACUACGGCACUUGGAAACUAAAUCUAGAAACUUUUGCGAGUUUGCAAACGUUAAUUCAACGGUUUGUCGAUGCCGAUGAAUUAUUGGAAUUGCAAUGUCUUUAUGCAAUUCAAAUUUAUAUUAACAAAAUUGAAUUUCCACCUGGUACCCUCGUUGCCAUUAUGAACAGAUUGUGGAUGGACAAUGUGAUAUCAAGUGACGCGUUCUUGGCGUGGCAAAAAAAUAUUCCGGAAGGUGCGGAUGUCGAAGGCCACAGUGUCUCAAUCGUCGCACUUACGUCGUUUUUCACUGAUUUGCAAGAGCCGGACGAUAAUUCCAGUGUCGAAGAAUUAUCAACUAGUGCGAAUCAGGGCUGUUGACGAUACUGUGAUCGAUUGCAUUAUCGUCUAUUAAAAAGACUCAAAUAUGCGUUUCCCCGUUGAAAAAAAAACGUCAAAAUUGCAAUUUGCAGUGUUUUUUUUUUUUCUGAAAGAAAAAUAAAAACGCAGGAACACUCCCAAGUAUUGAUGGAAAGAAUGGUACGAUAACAAUAAAGUGACACGUAAAUGUAAAAUAUAAUCUACAACUCUCUACCAAUGAAUAAAGAGAGAAGUGAGAGUGCUGACUAAAUAAACAAACGACGCUGUAUUUGAAAUACGGUAUACAUAAUGAAGAUAAAGUUUAAUUAUUAAUUAUUACAAAACUAUAUGCAAAAUAAUUAUUAUAUAUAAUUCAAUAAAAUGGUUCAAAGUUUAAAUAAAGCAAAGAAGUGACUCGAAAAAAUAAUUAUCGUGUUUCUUAUAUAAAAUAUCUUUGCAGCAAGAUAGGUCGAUUGUGCUCAAUAGAACCGGAAUAUGCGUUUUUUUUUUCCAUGCUUGGACUCUCGAAGAGACUCGGUGUUACUUCCAAUUAUUGAUGCUAAUGUCGCGAAUCGCAAACCGAAGUGCUUGUUACACGAUUUAGAAAACAAAUUGCAGAUAGAAAUAUGGAAUUUGAGUGUAGGUCAAUUUUAAAUGGAAUUAAAAGUUUGGGAAGUAAGGAGAGAAAAACAAUUACCGAGAAUAAAACAAAGUCUGACAGCGAGAUGGUUCUUCCUAUUAUUGUAACGCGGAAUAUGGUAUAUAUAACAGAAUUACUAAUUUAUAUCUUUGCAAAUAAGAACUUAUAAUGUAUUAUAUAUUAUUAAAAAGGACAUCCGUGAACAAGAUAUGGGAUAGAAUGAAAGUGAAGGAUAUAUAUUGCGGAGUUAGGAUCUGUAAUCUAGAAUACGUUGAAGUUAGAAAACGAAAGAUUACAAGUGAUGUGCAUAUAUAUACAUAUAUAUCCAUAUGUGACACGACACACACACACACACACACACACACACACACACACAUAUAUAUGCAUACUAAGGUACUAUUUUUUAACACUAGCUAUUUGUAAUCACAGGGAGUAAGAGAGAGAGAGAGAGAGAGAGAGAGGAGCGCGGCGCGUGGAAGCAUUGGUAUGUAUCCACGUGGCUAAUGCUGUAGCGAAUUGUAUAAAAUUGUUAUUAAACUGAUUAAAGUUACAGCGUUGAGCUCGCCUUUGUUUCGAACGUGCUCGUAGGAGAGACUGAUUUUCUGUGUGCAUGUAUGCGUGUACAGCUAUCGAAGAAUUAUUACGUUUAUCUGGCAAUUAUCGUUGAGUGCCGAUAGCACACGAUUUAUCGUACCUGCAAAGGUAACUACACUCGGGAAAUUGCGAACAUUUUCGUGAGAAUAGUCUUAUACAGAGUCUUACAGAAUAUACUUUUACGAAAGUAUAGGGUCUUUGCUUUGGUCUCCCAAAAGAAAUCGUCUGUCAGAACUUUCGAUCGAUCAUUUUCGAAAUAUGAAUAUAUACAAAUGAAUCGAU